AUUAAAUAAAUAUACCCCAGCUAGAACCCCAACUUCUUUCCCUCCCUCCCCGUUAGAUGAUGCCGUGCGCCUCGGAACAGACGAAUAAGAUCCGCGAAAUGAUGAGCUUACUCCUCAAACCGCUGUCAACCGAUCAUGGACUCUAGAUCCGCGUCCGAAGUCGCCCACCCGUCGCCGGCGGCCAGCACCUCCGCCAGCGCGCCCAAGGGGAAAUUGCUGCUCCCGGCUAGCUGCGAGCCUCCGCUGCCGAACGCGCCGAGGAAGCAGCUCGUAUGGAUUGUCUUUGGCGGCACCGGCCACAUGGGCCGCUCGCUGGUCAAGUGCGCGCUGGCGCGGGGGGAUCUGGUAACGGAUGUAGGACGCACGUUUGAGAGCUCGCCUGAGGAGAUGUUGGGGCUGCACGAGAAUUGCCUCGGCCUGCUGUGCGAUGUGCGCGCGCGGCAGAGCGUAGCGCAAGUCAUUGAGCGGACGCUGGACCACUUCGGCCGCAUCGACGUGGUGGCUAACUGCUCGGGAUACGGCGUGAUUGGGGCAUGCGAGGACCAGGAUGAGCACGAGAUUCGUAACCAGUUCGAGACUAACUUCAUGGGCACUCUGCAUAUCAUCCAGGCUACUCUUCCUUACUUCCGCCAGCAGAACGGCGGGCGCUAUCUCAUCUUCAGCUCUACGAGCGGAGCCCUGGGUGUGCCUGGAUUGGGCCCCUACUGCGCGACCAAGUACGCGGUAGAGGGGCUUAUCGAAGCGAUGCUCUACGAGAUCGACGCGUUUAACGUCAAGGCCACACUUGUAGAGCCGGGAUUGGUACGGCGCGACGAGCCGGAUGCUGAGGCGAACCCGCUGCCGACGUGGGGCCACUUCCUGAUCAAGCAGCCAAGCGAGGCAUACGGGCACUCGUCGUCGCCAGCGUUACACGCAAAGCGCAUGGUACAAUGGCUCGGGGACCGGCAGCCGACGAGCGCGGUCAAGUGCGCCGAGUUGGUAUGGCAGCUAGCACAUUGUUCAUACCCGCCUUUACGUCUCGUGCUCGGCAGCUACGCCAUCGAGAGUAUCCGGGACCGUCUUAGGUCCGUCACGGAGGAGCUCGAGGACUGGAAGCAUCUCAACUAUCCCGCGGCGCCGGAGACCGAGGCCGCCGCUGCUGCUUCGGCGGAAAAGAACGAGAAGGAUGACGAUACGGGGGAUUCGAAUGUUGAGAUGCAGGACCAUACUACUUAGGUUAGGCCUUGGGAAGUUGGAUUGCCUAGGUGGGUAGGUAGGUAGUGUUUGACUGGAAUAGGGGUUACGUAGACAUUUUACCUUGUUGCUGCGAAUAUAACACGGAUUACAUACAUAGAAAGCUGAAAAAUACUAUUUAGCACGGGCGUUGGCCAGACGUGUUACUGUAUAUUGCUAGGUACUAAAUUAUAAAACUUGUUUAUGGAAA